AUGACUCGUCAGGACGACAUUGAGACUCUUGCCGAGUCUUUCUACACUCUUGCCGAUGAGGUACAGAGCUUGAUCGAUCGGAAGACGAUCUUGGAGCAUAAGCUGCGCUUUGCGACCGAACAGUACCAGUAUCUUGCCGACAAGUAUGCUCCAGCAGGCCCAGAGAUCUCGGAGACACUGGCACAGCUCCAGUUACCACCUGACCUGCAUCAACCCGUAACGAUUCACGGUGCAUAUGUGCCGUUGCCAAAGCGUGGGCAGGCGGGCUGCAAUCAGCAUCAGCUGGCUCUAUUAAUCAGAGACGGCCGACGCGCUGCCCAGGAGUUGGCCGCUCGAAAUGUAGUUCAGGACAAUAUAUCGUCUAAAGCAUCUACAAGCCCACCGUCAACCGUCAUGGAGCAGGACUUUACAGUUGAAGGGAAGAAGGGAAUGCUUCAGUGCCCGUUCUCAGCCGUGAAAUCGGAACAACAGUCGCAGCAGCAAAAAGAAGAACCGCAGCAUGAGGGAGAGGAACAAAAACCGCCGAACCUACAGCAGAACGUAAGCCCAACUGGUAGUGACAAGCCAGGUGGUGCUGAUGCUGCCGAGGUCACUGUUACGGCAGAGAAUAGGUCGGAUCCUACACCCCACGAUUCUGCAGAUCCUAUCUGUGCCACGAUGCUUGAGGAGGCAAAGUCGCAGACUGCCCCUUCCAGCGCAGGCGCUGUCAAGUGUCCGAUACGAUUUAUGGACCAGCACUCCCCAGAGGAGAUUGCACACUACGUGGAAACGCACAAGCAUGAGCUUCCGCGGAGCCAUGCCAUCUGCGUGCGGCGGUACAACAAAAACGAAGAGCAAAUCCGCAAGCUUGAUGCAAAAUAUGGGAGCUUAGUCAGCAUGAUCUCAGGACUGGGCCAUCUGCACCAGCCAAUGCUCCCUCUGCCUGAGGGUGGAGGACCGGAAGAUCAGGCCGAACGGGCUGAGCUUCACCGGAGCUCUAACGAGCGAGUUGAAGACUGGGCCAAGGCUGUCAGUGUGGGCGCUGUUGAUGGGCGGCCAGGCAACAUGAACGGAGAAGACGACGAAUCCUAUGAACGGCGUAGUCGGAGCCGUACUCGUGCUGGCAGCCUGGGCGACUGCCACAUCAACGCGGUCGCGGGUGUUGACGAGAUCGACGGGGAUCGCCAGAGCCACUUUAACCGCCCAUUGAAGGAGGUCAGGCUGGGCGAAUCUCCAAGCCGGCCUUGGGGCAUUGCCGUUCCUUUGUCGUCGUUGCCAAAUGCCAACACGGAGCCGCCGCUGUCACCACCAGCUGCGCCAGUUCGCAUGCCAAGUCCCCGUUUAGGGGCUCGUCGCCCCGUGCCUCUUGAUGCUUCCAGUCCCCCGAAGGCGCGCAAAUGCCCUUUUGAUCACACCAAGCUUGCUGCUGCUGGUGCGCCGGCUUUUCCAUCGCCUCAUGGACAUGAAAACGGUCCUGAGGCGGGUCCUCGUCAAGAGGAGCCUGAAAAGGGCUUUGUCCUGCCUGUGGUUGCAGAAACAGAGUCACCGACUACGCCCGUGAAGCCGCGAAUGCCCCAGGCGGCGUACAUGCCUCAGACAAUGCACACGGCGCAGAUGCCGUCAUCGACGUCUUAUCAGCCGGCGCCGGCUUUCGUCAACUUCACUCCUCCUACAACUGCGACCAAGGGAGACAGCACUGCUCCACAGAUGCUGUUUACUGGACCUGUUUUCAUUGGCUACUCCAUGGAGCAGGCAGUUCAGUUUAUGCAGCACUUCCAGAACAUGCAGAAGUGA